AUGGGAAUUAAGAACAAAAUUUCCAACACUAAGACACUCAGCUCUGAAAAUGACUUUGAACCUUGUAUGUGGAACAGCUCAUUGUAUUCUAGAUCAUAUUUUGAAAAACUGAAGGCAAAGAAGUUCGGAUAUUAUGAUAAAUUCAGCAUAUUGAGCUUUCUGUUCUUUCACUGGGUUAGAAAAUGGGUAUACACACUUUCCAGGGAAUUUUAUGAGCCUUAUAAAUUCCCUCCACUGCCAGUGUCAGACCAACUGAUGAAAUUGCAACCAAUAUUUGAUAAGCACGUGAGUGAUGGAAUACUUAGACUGGAAUCAUAUCUAGUAGCCAAGUCGCAGUCGAAAAAAACAAAGGCCAAAAAACCGUACAAGUCAAUUUUUUUAAGAGCCACAGUUCUGACGGUUGGAAUGAGAACACUCUAUGUAAUCCUUAUUUUGAUCAUCGUUAACAUUUUGACGAUGAGUAUCGCAUUCUUGGUUAAAAAGAUUAUCGAGCUCCUGAAUGAUGAAACAAUCAGCCUCUUUAAAAUAUUAUUUUUCAUCUUGGUUGUUGUUGUUUGUCAAGUGUUUGACACUAUUAUCGCACAAUUCUGCUCAUUUUACCUUUUCAGGAUGAUCUCUAUCAUACACUAUUUAAUUUCGUUCUCCACGUAUCAGCACUUCCUGUGCUAUAGAAGAAAAUAUUUUAACAACGUGAAUGGCUCGAACUUCUUGAAGGUGUGCAACCAGGUUCUCCACAGUUGCUCACCAGACUCGGAAUGUUCCAAAAAUCCGUUAUAUUGCCAAGCCAGAAGAUACAAAAACAAAGAGAUAAGCCCUUUAAUGCUUUCAGUUGAGACAAACGACAUAUACUACAUUUCCAUGGCAUAUGAAUCACUAAACUAUAUAGUCAAUUUCCUGAGUGAUUUUAUUUACGGAGUUAUUUUGCUUUCGAAACAGGUGAAAGCUAAUCUCUGGAUUUUGUACGUCCUCGUGCUUUCAAUUGUGUUCUUCAUGGUCGUAUUUGAGAUCUUCAACGCAUAUAUAUUUAAAGUCGUCCUGUACAUUAGAGACCACAAUAUAACUAAAUUGAAUCACAUCAUAUCACACAUUGAUCCUAUAAAGAGGCUUCUCUACGACGACAUCGCAAUAAACCUUAUAGCACAAAAUAGGAACUUUGAACUUUCACUGUUUUUCAUACACAUGUUGUUAACGUUCUUGAAUUUUACCCUGUACACAAGUUGUAUGAAUCUGUCAUUUUACAUCGUAAAAAAAUAUUUUGUGAAAUCAAUAUCUCAGGCCAGUAAUAUUGCUGAAAUUGACACGGCUGGAUUUAUGACGACAUUUUAUAUAUUAACCAGAAUUAACACAUCGAUGUUUUCAGUGCCUACGUCAAUCAAGCUCAUGGGAAUGGCGUACGUAUCACUUAGGAGAGUAGAUAAGUUCAUCCUUGACUGUUCUCCCAAUUUUUAUAACUCUGAUAACAACUACACAGGCUCUACCCUGGCCUCCAGUUUAAUAGCAGAGACCACAAACCAAAUUCCUAACAACUCUGUUGUAUACUACAAGGACGCCACGUUCACAUGGGUCAACACACUCAAAGACUCACUAAAUGAAAAGUAUCUGCCUUAUUUGAAAAACAUCAACUUUGAGUUGAAACGUGGUGAAAUGGCCAUUGUUACGGGUUCUCAGGGUUCUGGUAAAUCAAACCUUAUCAAAUCAAUCCUUGGAGAUAUGACACUGAUCGGAGGUUCCAUGGCGGUUGUUCCUUUAUACACAUCCAUGCCCAUAUUUUACGCAUCGCAAAAUAUCUGGUUAUUAAAGGGGACCAUUCGAUCCAACAUUGUAUUCGGGUACAAGUUUGACGAACACAUAUACGAGACUGUUAUAAGAGCAGUGGAGCUUGAACAUGAUAUAUCGACAUGGGAGAACGGUGACCUUAGAGUAGUGGCAGAUAAUGCCCAUUCACUCAGUGGAGGUCAGAGAGUGAGAAUGGAAAUGGCUCGUGCAAUAUAUGCUUACCUCAUAUUUCAUAAAGUUAACAAACAAUAUAACAACAGCAAAUGUUCAUUUUUGAUGUGUUUGGAUGCCUCGUUUCAUGGUUUGGACCCAUAUGUAUCCAAAACUAUAUUCAAUAACCUGUUUAACUCAAAAACUGGAUUAUUGGUUAAGAAUGACCUGUCAGUUGUUUUAACAGCAUCAAAACAAACUCUUGAAAUAUGGCCAUCGUUGUCCGAGUUGUCACAAAUACGGAAUGUUCCAAUUUACAACAUCAAGAACCAGACGUUAACAUUUUAUUCCAAUCUUCACGACAUUGUGAAAAAGGAUAAUUCAGAUAACAAAGAUAACAUUCGCUUAUCUACAAGCAGUGAGACGUACUACAUAAACUAUCUGACUGAUGAUAUGCUUAAUCUGUGUUCAUCUGAUGCCACUACUAGGGUGGGUAGAAUGGAAGUAACUGGGUUGUUGUACAGUCAAUCUUUCAAAAAAUAUAUCGAUGAAGAACUUGGUGGCGUAAAACUAAGUCCUCUUAAGAUUUAUUUGUCUCCUGCUAUAUGGUUGUUUACAAUUUUUAUGUCGUUAUCGAUCGGAUUUAAUGUUUUGGAUAACACAAAGUAUGUUCUUACAACCACGCUUUCUGACUUCAUAAAUAAGCAGAUUAAUCAAUAUAACAAAGGCCAAAUUGUUGACUUGUCUGAAAUUAAGACACGCAGUACUUGUUCACUAAAAAUAAUAACCAUAAUUGUUUUUGUUGUAAUUAUACUAUCGAUUCUAGCGACACUUUUUAUUUCCUUAUCAUGUAUUACAUCUUCCCGUAAAAUUCAAGAAUAUUGUGUUAGUUCGAUUUUUAAGCACAGCUCAUCAGUAAUAAAGAUAAAGAAUAAUUUAAUCAAAAUAUUGACCUAUUUGAUUUUUGACAUUCCCAUUGUUGAUGAUGCCAGCGUGUUAUUUCUUACACUUUUCCUAUUUUCCACCGUUCAUUGUUCAAUUAUUAUUUUUACAUUGUUUUAUUUGGUUCCCUUAUCAAUACCAAUAGUUUUCUUAACACUGAUUAUUAUCUUUAAAUUUGUCUUUCUACGUUUAGUAAAUUCAUGCAAAAACAUACACUUAGCAUAUGUAGAAAGUUAUGACCAUUUAAAUUAUGUUCACGAGAGGGCCAUCACGGGAUCACAGAUUUACAGAAGUUUUAAAAAGUAUUUUGAGCUUAUUAAAAAUGGAAUUGAACACAGAGACUACAGGGCUAGGUCAGUAUUUAUAACUCGUUCUAUUCAAAUCUGGUCAGUUGUAAUAAGUAAUUGGAUCUUUUCAGUUACUAUACUACUUACAUCUAUCACAAUACUUUUACUAAAUAAAUUCACUACAUAUAAAUUUGAGGUCGGCCGUUUUGCUUUAACACUAUCUCUGUUCAUUAGUGUUAUUAGGUCGAUAGCCAUGUUUUCCAUGUGCUACUCUAUGUUUGGGAUGUAUAUGUGUUCUGUUCAAAGGUUUCAAUAUUUCGUCCCACCGGGCUCCAAGCUUAAAUUUGACAAAUGUGUUAACACACACGAAGAAUAUCUAGUCCAUCCCAUCAAUAAAGACUUUAAAGAUUUAAACAAAAACCAACUGUUAAAAAGGAGGGCAAUUGAAUAUAAGGCUAAUAACACGAAAUUUUAUGGAGUGAGGAGGCUUUUUCACCAUCCCAAAAUUUCUAUUGUAGAUGCUGGUCGCUAUAUGACUCCAGAACAUACAGGUGUUGAGUUGAUAGACGUUUGUGUGUAUACUACACAUAACCAUGAGCCUGAAUCGAUGAUUUUGAAACAUGUUUCGGUUUCAGCGCAUCGAUCUGAAAUUAUUGGUAUGAUUGGUAAAACCGGUGCGGGUAAGACGACUUUAUUGUCAGUGUUACAGAACACAGCUGAGAACAGAACGGGUCAAGUAUUGUUGGACAGUAGUGAUUUGAAUGACAUUCCCAAGGCUGUUCUUAGACAAGUUAUAGGUGUGCUACCGCAACUACCUUUCGUAUUUAGUGGUUGGAAUGUCCGUAUGUUCCUAGAUCCUAGGAGAUUGUUCAGCGACGAUGAAAUAAAUGAUGCACUUAAACGGUGUGGUCUUUUGGAAUUUAUUAACAAUCUUCCUGGUGGGAAGAAAUUGGACACCGUUAUAGUUGGAGUGAAGAAGGCAUUAGGUAAUUCAUCUGACGGUAAUGAGUUUAAAAACGAUAACGAAUAUAGUAAACGAAACUCUGAAACUAAUACUGCUCUAUCAAACAAUCAACUCAGAACACUAUCAUUGGCCAGACUAGUUUUAUAUAGAUAUUUUUACAGAUUAAUAAUUGUUGACGAGCCUCCAGAAACUGAUGAUGCCACUAAUGUAGCAAAUGAUGAUUUAGGAGUUCCGAUUUAUGAACUUUUACGAAAAUAUUUUAGCCAUUGUACUAUAUUUGUAACUGCUCACAACGCCAGUGUUUUAAAAAGUUGUACUUCAAUUUUGUUAAUACAUCAUGGCAGUUUAGCAGGAAUUUGCAAAUCCAGUGAUAUUGCAGAAAAUGUGUCGAUCGCAAAAAUAAUUGAACAAGCAUUAAAACACAACUAA